AUGAAGGGCUGUUAUCACGACGAGGUCCACGAGAGUGGCACCGCCAAGAAGAAGGAAGAAGAGCAGAGCCGGCUGGCAGCAGCUCACGCAGGACCGGGCAACAAAAGACAGCGCUGGCACUGGAGCGCGGCGGUGCCAGACCAGACCAGGCCAGGCCCUUGA